AUGGGCUUCAUACGUGCAUUUAUAACAAGGAUAACAAGAACACAACUAGAAACGGCUAAAUUUGGUUUCUAUUUAUUAUCUCCUAUAUGUGUGAUGUAUUAUGUAGGGUUAGAUACUGAUAAGAAGUUUAAUUUACCAGGGUUUUGGCCUGAUCCUUCAACAUUAAAUCAAAUUCCCAAAGAACCUCAUGAAAUUCAAGCCGAAAUCGCUCGUAUUAAACGGGCCAGAUUAGAGAAAAGACAACGAUUAGAAGAAAAAGCAAGAGAAUUAGGUAUAUCCGAAGAAGAUUUUGAAGAAGAACAACAACAAGAAAUACUGGCUUAA